UCACUCGAAUGGAGUGAACACACUGAAGGAUUGAAACACAACCCUAAACAUGGCGGACAGUUUAGACGCUUUAUUAGAGGAGGUGGAAGCAAAGUUUUGUCGGGAGAUUUCUCUGUCUCCGUGCACUUUAAAAGCCGAGCAGGACAGCAAUAAUGACUCCGUGCACAGCAUUUCAAAUCCACCUGAAGUUGAAGUAAUUGACAAUAACAUCGAGGCUAUGCUUCAGGAAAUACUAGAUGAUGAUGAUGAUGAUGAUGAUGAUGAUUAUCCAGCCUCCAGUUCACACAGACCUGUUCCAUCAAAGGCUUGUGCUAUGGAGUCUUGUUCUCAAACAGCUUUAAAGAAGUGUUGCCCUGUGUAUUUGGGUGGAAGCUCUAUCGUAAGUGGUGUAGGAACAAGUGUUACACAAAGGGCUUGUGACCAACUGAGAUGUACAUCUUGCGAUUUUCAUGUCGUCAUGUUUGAUGAUCAGGAGUGGGACUCUUCCUGUGACUAUCUGUUUUUCAGAAACAACAUGCCGGACUGUAACAAGUUGCAAGUGAAGCUGAAGAGGAAGAAAGGCUCUCGGGCAUAUGCCUGCCAGUGUAGCUGGCACUCUGUCUUCACCCUGUCUGAACUCGGACACGUACCUAAGCUCAAACGCUCACUGAUAAUGUUGGGACAGACAGGUUUGGUGUUUAAUGUAGCACUAGAGCAAUGAGCAUUCCAGCAUUGAGUGUCUAAUAUUAAAAAGUAAGAUAUUCUCAUAUAUAUAUAUAUAUAUAUAUAUAUAUAUAUAUAUAUAUAUAUAUAUUUACAGAUGCAUUGCAGAUUAUAAAUGAAGUGAUAUGCAGUAACAUUUUCAGCAAACUGAAUUUUAUACACAAUUGCAGUUAAAUUCAUUAAUUUAUAAGAAUUUUAAUUUAAAUGAGUGUAAAGUGUUUUGUUUUGUUUUUUAUUUUGUUUGGACGUUACUGAGAAUAUCGGUUAUUAUUCUAUUCACGUUCACUGGAUAUGAGCAAUUGUACACUCUGAUUGGUUACUCUACGACUAGGAUAUCAGCUCAUCUACUGUGAGUAGAGAAAAACAAAAUGGCGGCACAUGUUGCUGAACCAACCGAGGAUGAAAUAAAAACUACUCGAAAACAAAACCCAAAAAAAUACACAAAAAAAAGCAACAAAAUAUGGAAUAAAAGUAUUUGAUGUAAGAACUGCCCCCCCCCCCCCCCCCCAAGAGUUAUCGCAUUUUUCACAAAUUGCUACUGUUGUUUUGCCGGUUUGUUUACAUUCUAGCAGAAAUUAUUAAAGUUUUUAUUUAUUAAAUUUGCAAAAAAUAAAAUGUUUCUCAAAAUCCAGUGAAUGUGGAUAAAAUAAGUUAUUCCACUCAAUCUUGUUGUACAG